AUGGUUAAAACUAGAGAUGCAUAUCAUGGUGAGGCUUCAUCCUUUCGUGGUGAGCCAUCAUCUUCAUCACGUGAUGAAAGAAGACGACCUAUGACAUCUGCUCAUAGAAGACGAGUAGAAGAAUAUCACGUGGACGUUAUUGAUGAACAUGAUUAUGAGGAGCAAGAAGAGUUAUUACAACAUGGACAUGGUCAGGAUGAUUACGUUGAAGAGGAGGAUAUUCAGCAGCAGCAUGACUGUAGUCAAGAAGAACAUGAAGCUGAAGGUGAAGAUGAAGAUGAAGAUGAAGAUGAAGCUGAAGAUGGUGGAUUCCCAGGAGGUCCACAUGACACCUCCUUACUUACUCACUAUACCCAGCAUGUUGCAUUUGCCAUAUGGAAAGGCCGGGAUCGAAGGAGGAUAAAGGUUGUCACCCAUGGCAAAAAGUUGAAGCAUUUUGGAAUGUAUCAUGAAGCCAUUGAGCCUUAUAUCUCCAUGUCGGGGUUGGGUUGUUUAGUGAACCUCUCAUACGAGUAUGCCGAUCAUGGAUUGAUCGUUGCCCUUUCGGAGAGGUGGCACGUAGAGACUAAUACUUUCCACCUACCGAUAGGUGAGAUGAGUGUCACAUUAGAUGACGUUAUGAAUUUGCUCCACCUACCCAUCAUGGGACAAUUUUGUGAGGUUGAGGAGUUAGAGUAUGAUGAGGCUCGAUCUCAUAUCAUAGAGCUGCUUGGCGUGGACCACGCUAAAGCUUCAGCUGAGAUGAAACAGUCACGUGGUCCAAAAGUUAGGCUCAGCUGGCUACGCGAGGUCUACCAGGAGUGCAUCUAG